AUUCCAUCUUUUCUUUUCUGCCUUCUCCACAUUUCUGACCUCAAUUUUCUUGUGUUUCCAUUUACUCCAUUUUCUAUGCUUUUGAUUAUUCAAUUUGCUUUGAGUCAAUAGAUUCUUUGUUUUAAGAUUUGUGAAGGUUGUUGACCUCCUUCAAUCUUUAUAGUUUAUAAUACAUCACUAGCUGUUCUUGUUUUAGUUUCAGCACUCAACUCAGUGAAGGUGGCAGUUUUGAAGCAGAAUCAUGGUGUUCUACUUAUUGAUUAUCUUGGGCAUCACCUCGAGCUUGUUCGGCUUCGGGGCAUCCACCGGAGAGCAGCCACUUUCGAGGAUUGCUAUUCAUCGAACUAAGUUCGCCGUUCAUAGCUCUGCUUAUGUGAAAGCUUCUCCAUCUGUUCUUGGCUCGAAGGGCGAAAAUAAGGAGUGGGUAACAUUGAACUUUGGUCAUCCAAAUCCAUCAAUUGAUGAUUGGAUUGGAGUCUUCUCUCCGGCAAAUUUUAGUGCUUCUGUUUGUGCACCAGAAAAUGAAAAAGUAUACCCGCCGACAUUAUGUACUUCUCCUAUUAAGUUUCAAUAUGCGAAUUACAAAGACAAUGGCUAUAACAAAACCGGAACGGGAUCGUUGAAGCUCCAACUGAUCAAUCAAAGAGAAGACUUUUCUUUUGGAUUAUUUUCCGGUGGUUUCUCAAAUCCAAAGCUGGUGGCUAUCUCAAAUACAGUAACUUUCGCUUACCCAAAAGCACCAGUUUAUCCCCGGUUAGCGCAAAGAAAAUCCUGGAAUGAAAUGACGGUAACCUGGACGAGUGGAUAUAGUAUUGAUGAAGCUAUUCCAUUUGUUGAAUGGGUUUCAAAAAAAGGAACACCAACGCAUUCACCGGCGGGAACUUUGACUAUCAGUCGGAACAGCAUGUGCGGUGCACCUGCGAGGACUGUAGGGUGGCGUGAUCCUGGUUACAUACAUACAAGUUUUCUGAAGGACCUAUGGCCAAAUAUGAAGUAUGCCUACAGGCUUGGUCACAAAUUAAACAAUGGUUCGUAUGUCUGGAGUCGUUCGUAUAGCUUUAGAGCUUCACCAUUUCCCGGGCAAGAAUCUUUGCAGCGUGUUAUCGUUUUCGGUGACAUGGGAAAGGCAGAAGCUGAUGGUUCCAAUGAGUUUAAUGACUUUCAGCCUGCCUCUCUUAAUACCACAAACCAGCUAAUCAAGGACUUGGAAAACAUCGAUCUAGUUCUUCAUAUCGGAGAUUUAUGUUAUGCAAAUGGAUACAUAUCACAGUGGGAUCAAUUCACUGCACAAAUCGAACCCAUUGCUUCAACUGUGCCUUAUAUGGUUGGAAGUGGCAACCAUGAGCGAGACUGGCCUGGGACAGGAUCAUUUUACGGGAAUAUGGAUUCUGGAGGAGAAUGCGGAGUUCUAGCAGAAACUAUGUUUUAUGUCCCAGCUGAUAACAGAGCUAAGUUCUGGUAUAAGACGGAUUAUGGAAUGUUUAGAUUCUGUAUAGCAGACACAGAGCAUGAUUGGAGGCCGGGGACCGAGCAAUACAAAUUCAUUGAACAUUGUCUAGCUUCUGUUGACAGAAGAAAGCAACCAUGGCUCAUCUUUCUCGCUCAUCGAGUUCUUGGUUACUCUUCUGGUUCUUUUUACGGUAUCAAAGGAUCCUUUGAAGAGCCUAUGGGAAGAGAGAGUCUUCAAGAACUUUGGCAGAAGUAUAAAGUGGACAUUGCAUUCUAUGGUCAUGUACACAACUAUGAAAGAACUUGUCCAGUGUACCAGAAUACGUGCAUGCGCAAUGCGUCCAAUCUCUAUACUGGACCAUUUGCAGCGACGACACAUGUUGUCGUCGGUGGUGGAGGAGCUAGUCUUGCUGAAUUUACUAAGCUAAGGACUCACUGGAGUUAUUUUCAGGACUUCGAUUACGGUUUUGGUAAACUAACAACAUUCAAUCAUUCGACUUUGUUGUUUGAGUACAAGAAAAGCAGUGAUGGAAAGGUCUAUGAUCAUUUCAUCAUAACUCGUGAUUACCGCGACAUUUUAGCAUGUGCUUUUGAUAGUUGUGAAAGAACUACGUUGGCUACUUGAACUCAGACUUGAGCAGAAAAAUACAGAGUUUGUGAUUGUGAUUUGUUUGCUGGGCCUGAAUUAACAGAGGCGUUUAUAAAGUAUAUUUGUAAUAGCAUGUACAAUGAGAUUGGGCCUGAAUAAUGUCGGUUAAGUAUUGUGUAUUAUGGUUGAAAAACAUUAUGCCUAAGUUAUGAAUUGAAAAACUAGGUAACAUAAGUCAUGCAUUUAAUUAUUUAGUGUCCUCAUUAAUCAAAUCAAAAUUCAAAGAAUGGGUAAGAGAGAGCAUGAAAGUUGCCACUUUCUUACUUUUGGGUUAAAUCCGGGCCGGGUUCGGACAU